CAGUGCUGAAAGGAAAGAAAACAGAUCAUUUCUCCAAGCUUUGGAGCUUUUACUGACACCAGAAUAAUUGUAUCCAGCAAGAUAGACUUUCUUCCAGGAUGAUAAGAAAACGGAUACAAAACACAUUAAUAAAACAUCUGGCAAUCUGUCUCUAUGCCAAAAAAUUAUUGCAAAACUGAAUUGCUGAUGACAAUCCUCUGUUCAAGCUCACCCUAGCUUUGCUUCAAAUACAGCCUGAAAGCCAUUGAUUAUAUUACAUAGCUGGUGGCACUCCAGCAGCAGCAGCAGAACGUUCUAAAUGACCAUCCAUAUUACACUUGGGUACAGGAAGCCAUUUUAGUACUUCUAAGCACAGCACAGUCUGGCAGUCUCUGUUCUCUCACCCUGAAAAACUGGUAUUCUGUGCCCUGAAGCCUUUCCAGAGCUCAAGCUGUGCAACACUUAGGCGAACCCUUUUUUAGCACAGCAUGAGCCUCCACGCCAACUUCAUGAAUUUGUUCUGAAGUGAAACUGCAGAGUUUUGAAUUAAGAUGGCUGGAGUCUGGUGUUACCGCCUCUCCCACCCGCACAUUUCAGCUGCAGAGCAUCCUGGUUAGUUGGGCUCUGAGAGCCAAGGGGGUGCCGAAAUGGCACUACGAUGACAAAGGAUUAUGCCUUCAUCCCCAUGUCCGCGUGGAAGCCACCACCACCACGCUUUCCCAGGAAAUGGUGCUGCUCUGGGAGCUGCACUGGGAGCAGCCUGCGGAGCCCAGGGCAGGAGCAGCAGCACAGACGGAUGCAAGUACAGACACCGCAGGACUCUGAACAGGCAGGGACUCGUUCAGAGCACGAGAAGCCAAGCAGAGCAGCAGACAUCCUGUCUUUACCCCAUGAAUUAUCAUGUUCAUCUUUACUAAAAAUCAGUUACAGAACUGAGAGGGCAGCUGCGAUGGACAAAUUUUUCCUUUUAUGUGGCCUUUGUGAUCUUAUUAUCAGCAGUAGAUGCUCAGGAGGAAAGCAGUCAUCUGGCAUGAUUGACACUGAUUUUCUGCCUCAGAGAGCUUCAAUGAGAGAAGGCUCAGAACUGCACAAACAGAAUGGGGACUUAGAAGCAGAGUCUUUCCACUGGCCUCAGGUGGCAUUUGAUCAGGAGCUGAGUGAUAACAGAUGGAAACAAAUAUCACAUUCUUAUUCAACAACAUAUAUGCCUUCAAACUAUGAGAUACCAUUAGACUAUUGUCACAAAAAUAAAGUCCAGAGACAGUUAUACAAGGUCCUGGCUCAUGACAGACUGAGUCAAAUCUGAUGGUGCUGCAGGGCUGAACAGGGACACCAAACCAGGACCUGCAGGUUUGCUGAGUGACCUACAGCUCAGCUGGGAGGUUAUCAGCAACCCAAAGCUCCUGGGGAUGCUGACCAGCCCUGCAAAGGGUAUGUCCGAAAUAUGGAUUCAAUAAUAUCCGAAGUCAAGUUGUACCUCAGCCCGUUGCAGCCGUCUGUCUGAGGCCGUACAUCAGCCUGGGAAAAAGCACACAGGGGAAAAACAGUCAUGUCUGGAUGCUGUCUCUAACUGGAGAAGGAAAAGAACUGGCAUCUUGCAAGCAAGGUCUGCUGCAGCUUGGAAUUUUGGUACGCACUCAACUCCCACCUAUCAAAAAAUGAAGGAAGUGCCAUGGGGACUCUGGAUGUUGUACCCUCCCACAACAGGCUGGAUCUUUUCUGCCUUAUCUUUUGCAAUUAAGCUAAUGAAGCCCCAUCACCAGACUUGGGCUUCCAAUCAAAAGAACAAACUAUGUCUGAGUUUGUUCUCUUGACUGGAAAAGCUGCAGGGAUUCUGGCUUUUCUGUAACUAGAAAAGCUCCUGGUACUUCAUGGUGUGAUGCUGUAAACUCCAUUUAAGUAGGCAAAGAUUCAGAGCUAAGACUGCCUGUGUUCUCGGCACCAAUACUGUCAGAAAAAAGGCACAUAGCAUAAAGAAACAAGUAUGGGAACUGUGCCAAUGCAGGCUGCACUGCUGCAGACCCUAGUGGUUGCUGCAGUACUGGAACCAGUUAAUCCUGAUUGUGUCACAGCUCCAGCACAAGGGCUCUUGCCCUUCUGCUGGGAAAUCUCCUUGUUAAGAUCCAGUCUGUCCCAUGAGGCAACGCUCUCACGUUUUGAAAAAUCUGUGUUCAGAGCUAGAAGAGCCCUUGGAAAUGGAAGCCAUAGACACAGGAUUCACAGCAGACACUAAAAUGAAGUGAAACUUGUCAGGGGAGAUGCAGAGAAAAGAGUUCUGUCGCCACAGGGAUUGGAUUAACACAAACAUUUUAAAGGAAAGGAAAUGUAUCUCAAGAGCCCAUAUGGGAAAAGGACUUAGACCCUCAACAUCUUCUCAAACAAUUUCUUAGAGUAAACAUCCUGUAUGCCAGAUAACAAACUGCAGCCUCUCAAGUGAGAUGCAUGAAAAUACCUAACAAUUUAGUAGUCUAUAAAACAUUGGGAAAGAUUUGAGGGGCCAAUGGGGCUUUAUGGGGAGGAAAAAAAAAACCCCAGGCUCCACAAAAUUUCCAGAAAAGGAAAAAAAAAUCUUUCAAGCAGCUUUUCUAACUGAUACACAUAUAUUUAAGAAGACUAAAGAGACAGGCUGCCAGUUGGGUGCUCUCCUCUCAUAGCUGUGUAAGAAAGACCGGGUGGCAGCCAGACUGGCUGCCUUUACACCUCAAGAACGUGUCACUAAGCACACAAGUGUAGUCUCAACAUGUGACAGUUAUGCAAGUCUCAAGGAACUGCCUUGAAAUUAGCAGGGAGAUUUUUACUAGGGAAACAAAUGCUGUGUCAUUCAUGAUGUUGAAAUAACAACAACUGUUAACAGAAAUACAUGACCGUUAGCUAACAGAAGAAAACCAACAGAUUUUUAUGCUGCUAUCCCUUUACCUGUUCUUCUCCUCAAGUUCUUUAUUAGCUUUCCUUUUGAACUUGGGCAAGAGUUGUUGAAGAAGAUCCUUGACCGCAUCUCGCUCCUUCACUGCUGUGCUUUCAUUGGAGAAGUGGAAGUUGGUUGUGUCCCCUGCAUGCAAUACCAGCUGCAGCUGAAUUUUAGCUUUACCUUCUGGACUGAUUUUCUGGCCUAGAUUACAGAGAGACAGACACAUCCAUUAGAAAACGGCUGCAAAUGAGGCUGUCAUCACCUGGACACUCUAACCUGGAAGCAAUCCAGGCUGCUGCUGAAAGCUGGCCCAGCUCCUGCAGAAGGACAAUGGUAGGAAAGCAAAGAAGUUUAUCGAAGUUAACAGUAAAUGCAGCAGAUGUAAGUUAAACAUCUGGAGACUACAGAAGUUGUGUCCUAGCAUCCUUAAGCUGGUGAUACUUUACCACAGUCCUGAUCUCUGCUGCUACAGAGUAGCCUGGCCAGAGCUCCAGACCCCUGCAACCUUCCCGAGGCAGCAGCAGCUGGCACUCCAGGGCAGUUCAGAAGAAUACUGAAGCUAAGCAAUAACGAAUUCCAAAUCUUCCCUGGCACUGGCAGCAAUUCCCUUCUUCAGUGGGAAUGGCAGAUGCUAAGUCAUUUCAGAAAAGGGGAGGAUACAA